UUGACGGGUCCGGGUGAAACAUGGCGUCCAAGGGGGGCGGCUGUAGCUCCCGGGGUUUCUAUUUUAACACCGUGCUGUCGUUAGCCCGCUCCCUGGCCGUGCAGAGACCAGCGGCGCUGGAGAAGGUGCAGAAACUACUGUGUAUGUGCCCUGUGGAUUUCCAUGGAGUAUUCCAGCUGGAUGAGCGGCGCAGAGAUGCACUCAUUGCUUUGGGUAUAUUUCUGGUGGAGUCAGAUCUUCAGCACAAAGACACUGUGGUUCCCUAUCUCCUGAAGCUGGUAAAGGGACUUCCCAAAGUUCUGUGGAUAGAAGAAAGCAAUGCACGGAAGGGCAAAGGGACGCUUCCAGUGGCAGAGAUCUUCAGCUUCUGUCUUGUGACUUUACUCUCAGAUGUUGCUCACAGGGAUCUGUCAUUCAGGAGUCAGAUCUUAGAGACUGUUCUGGAUGUCAUGCAAUGUUUACUGGGAAUGUGCCAGUCACCACAAUCCCAUGAUAAAGAAUACCUCUGUAAGUACGCAGUGCCAUGUCUAAUUGGCAUUUCCCGGGCAUUCGGACGUUACAGCAACACCGAAGAAUCUCUUUUGUCCAAGCUGUUCCCGAAAGUCUCUCCCAAGUCUUUGAAAGCUCCAGAUGAACUGGAAGGGGUUCGCAGACGUUCCUUCAAUGAUUUCCGAUCCAUCCUACCAAAUUCCCUGCUGAAUGUGUGUCAAGGUGACUCGCUGAAAAGAAAGACCAGCAGUGUGUCCAGUGGAUCCCAGGUUAGCCCGGACCGUAUUGUCCCACCCCCUGGUUCUCCUGCGGGAUCCAACAUCCAGUAUUUUGAAGGCUCCUACCUACCCGAUGGGAGUGCAGUGGAUCCUGACUAUUAUCUCACCACCAUCAGCUCCAGCUUCUCAGUCUCUCCUCUGUUCACUGGCAUUAGCAUCAAGGAGUUGGAUAUCCCGCAGGACGUACUGCGUCAGCUGCUUUGCAUGGUGAAGCAGAUUGUGGCAGAUCCAUUUCUGAAUUCACUGGAUGCCCUGAUCACUGAAGUCAUAGAGGCAAAUCCCAGUGCAGACCUUUACUACAAGACCUUUAGUGAUCCACUUUAUGUGGCAAUGUUCAAAAUGCUCAGAGACACGCUGUAUCACAUGAAAGACCUCCAGACAUCAUUUGUGAAGGAAAUCCAUGACUUUGUGCUCGAACAGUUCAACAGCAGCCAGUCUGAGCUGCAGAAAAUACUGCACGAUGUGGACAGAUUACACAAUGAGCUCAGCCCUUUAAAGCUAAGGUGUCAAGCAAAUGCAGCCUGCGUGGACCUUAUGGUAUGGGCAGUUAAAGAUGAACAAGGUGCAGAGAACUUGUGCAUCAAACUGUCAGAGAAACUGCAGUCCAAGACCUCCAGCAAAGUCAUCAUAGCUCAUAUGCCCCUUCUGAUAUGCUGCUUGCAGGGACUGGGGCGGCUGUGUGAACGAUUUCCGGUGGUGGUACACUCAGUGACACCAUCUCUUCGGGAUUUUCUUGUGAUUCCAUCUCCAGUGCUGGUGAAACUUUAUAAAUACCACAGCCAGUACCAGACAGGUGCCAACGACAUCAAGAUCAGUGUAACCAACGAGCACUCCGAAUCCACCAUGAAUGUCAUAUCUGGCAGGAAGAGUCAGACCUCCAUGUAUGAGCAGCUUCGGGACAUUGCCAUAGAAAACAUCUGCAGAUGUUUAAAAGCUGGCCUGACAAUAGAUCCAGUUAUCGUGGAAGCCUUCCUUGCCAGCUUGUCCAACCGCCUGUACAUAUCACAGGAAAAUGAAAAGGAUGCCCACUUGAUCCCCGACCACACAAUUCGUGCCCUGGGGCACAUUGCUGUGGCUUUGAGGGAUACACCCAAGGUGAUGGAGCCAAUCCUUCAGAUUCUGCAGCAGAAGUUCUGCCAGCCCCCAUCUCAGCUGGAUGUCCUCAUUAUAGACCAGCUUGGAUGCAUGGUCAUCACUGGCAAUCAAUACAUCUACCAGGAGGUGUGGAACCUGUUUCAGCAGAUCAGCGUGAAGGCCAGCUCUGUGGUAUACUCUGCUACCAAGGAUUAUAAGGAUCAUGGAUACAGGCACUGUUCCCUGGCCGUCAUAAACGCCCUGGCCAACAUUGCUGCCAACAUCCAGGGAGAACAGCUGGUGGACGAGCUGCUGAUGAACUUGCUGGAGCUGUUUGUGCAGCUGGGGUUGGAGGGGAAGAGAGCCAGUGAGAGAGCCAGUGAAAAGGGCCCAGCACUGAAGGCCUCCAGCAGUGCGGGGAACUUGGGAGUCCUGAUUCCUGUAAUUGCCGUGCUUACUCGGAGAUUACCACCUAUCAAGGAGGCAAAACCAAGGCUUCAGAAACUCUUCAGGGACUUCUGGCUGUAUUCUGUUCUGAUGGGAUUUGCUGUGGAAGGAUCAGGACUCUGGCCCGAGGAGUGGUAUGAGGGAGUUUGUGAAAUUGCUACAAAGUCUCCUCUGUUAACGUUCCCAAGCAAGGAGCCUCUACGUUCUGUCCUUCAGUACAACUCUGCCAUGAAGAAUGACACCGUGACACCAGCAGAACUAAAUGAGCUGCGAAGCACUAUCAUUAACCUGCUGGACCCUGCUCCAGAGGUGUCCGCGCUCAUCAACAAAUUAGAUUUUGCGAUGUCCACUUACCUGCUCUCUGUUUACCGCCUGGAACACAUGAGGGUCCUGCACUCCACUGAUAAGGAUCGAUUCCAGGUCAUGUUCUUUUACUUUGAAGACAAAGCUAUCCAGAAAGAUAAAUCAGGGAUGAUGCAGUGCGUGGUUGCAGUAGCAGAUAAAGUAUUUGAUGCUUUUUUGGCUGUGAUGGCCGAUAAGCCCAAGACUAAGGAGAACGAAGAGGAACUGGAACGCCACGCACAGUUCCUCUUGGUGAAUUUCAAUCACAUCCACAAGCGUAUCAGACGUGUGGCCGACAAGUACUUGUCAGGACUGGUGGACAAGUUUCCUCACUUGCUGUGGAGCGGGACUGUGUUGAGAACAAUGCUGGACAUCCUGCAGACCCUUUCCCUGUCACUCAGCGCAGACAUUCACAAGGACCAACCAUACUACGACAUUCCAGAUGCGCCAUACAGAAUAACUGUUCCUGAUACUUAUGAGGCCAGAGAGAGCAUAGUGAAGGACUUUGCUGCUCGCUGUGGAAUGAUCCUGCAGGAAGCUAUGAAGUGGGCACCUUCAGUGACCAAAUCCCAUUUACAGGAAUACCUGAACAAACACCAGAACUGGAUGUCUGGCCUCUCUCAGCACACGGGACUCGCCAUGGCUACUGAAAGUAUUUUGCAUUUUGCUGGUUACAACAGACACAACACAACUCUUGGGUCUCCAGCUUCCUAUGGCCAGGCUACUCAACUAACUGAGCGCCCAGCCUGUGUGAAGAAAGAUUAUUCCAACUUCAUGGCUUCUCUGAACCUGCGCAAUCGCUAUGCUGGAGAGGUUGCUGGCAUGAUUGAAUUUUCCGACGCUACAGGCCAGACAUCGGACCUGAACAAGCUGAUGCUGAAACGCUUGAAUUAUGCUUUAGAAUCAGGAAAACCGGAGGAAUACACGCAGGUUAUGUUCAAACUUACAGCCAUGCUGAUCAGUAGCAAGGAAUGUGAUCCGCAGCUUCUACACCAUUUGUGCUGGGCUCCCUUGCGUAUGUUCACUGAUCAUGGCAUGGAGACGGCCAUUGCCUGUUGGGAGUGGCUGCUGGCAGCUAAAAAUGGAAUUGAAGUACCGUUCAUGCGAGAGAUGGCUGGUGCAUGGCAGAUGACGGUAGAACAGAAGCUUGGACUUUUCUCAGUUGAGCAGAAGGAGGCAGAUCCCCUGGCCGCCUCUGAGCAAAGCCAACCUCAUCCCUGUCCCCCAGAAGUGAUCCCACAUUACAUAUGGAUUGAUUUUCUAAUGCAGAGGUUCGAAAUUGCAAAAUAUUGUAGCUCAGAUCAAGUGGAAAUCUUCUCUAGCCUCCUCCAGCGCUCCCUUUCCUUGAACAUUGGGGGGUCCAAGGGAAGCCUUAACCGGCAUGUGGCUGCGAUUGGACCAAGAUUCAAACUGCUGACUCUUGGGCUGUCUCUGUUACAUGCCGAUGUUGUUCCAAACGCUACUAUCCGCAAUGUCCUCAGAGAGAAAAUCUACUCCACAGCGUUUGACUACUUCAGCUGUCCUCCUAAAUGCCCAACACAGCCAGAGAAGCAGCUACGAGAGGACAUCACCAUUAUGAUAAGGUUCUGGACUGCUAUGUUCUCUGACAAGAAGUAUCUAACAGCCAAUCAGCUGGUGCCCCCUGAUAAUCUGGACCCCUCUGUAAACAGCUUGUCUGUAAUGUCUGAUGUCAACCGUAGCACUUUAGAUGUAACAGUUGGGUCCCGUCAACAAACGGCCCAGGGUUGGAUUAACACAUAUCCUCUGUCCAGUGGUAUGUCUACGAUCUCCAAGAAAUCAGGUGUGACAAAGAAAUCAAACAGAGGAACCCAGCUGCAUAAAUACUAUAUGAAGAGGAGGACACUGCUGCUCUCCCUUCUGGCCACUGAAAUUGAAUGUCUGACCACUUGGUACAAUCCAUUGUCCUCCCCAGAGCUAGAACUGGAUCAGACAGGAGAGAAUAGUGUGGCCAACUGGAGAUCCAAAUAUAUGAGCCUGAGUGAGAAGCAAUGGAAAGACAAUGUGGACCUUGCAUGGAGCAUCUCGCCUCACCUGGCCGUUCAGCUGCCUGCAAGGUUUAAAAAUAAUGAGGCUAUUGGUGGGGAAGUGACCCGCCUGGUGAGGCUGGACCCUGGAGCUGUAAGUGAUAUACCAGAAGCAAUCAAGUAUCUGGUAACCUGGCAUACGAUAGAUGCCGAUGCUCCGGAGCUCAGUUACAUCCUGUGUUGGGCUCCAACUGACCCACCCACUGGACUAUCUUACUUCUCCAGCAUGUACCCUCCACACCCUCUCACUGCCCAGUAUGGAGUCAAAGUACUACGAUCAUUCCCACCGGAUGCUAUUCUUUUCUACAUUCCCCAAAUUGUGCAAGCACUGAGGUAUGACAAGAUGGGUUACGUACGGGAAUACAUUCUGUGGGCAGCUGCCAAGUCACAGCUUCUGGCUCACCAGUUUAUUUGGAAUAUGAAGACCAACAUUUUCCUGGAUGACGAAGGACACCAAAAAGACCCUGACAUUGGGGAUCUGCUAGAGCAGCUGGUGGAGGAGAUCACUGGAUCACUAUCGGGACCAGCCAAAGAGUUCUAUCAGAGAGAGUUUGAUUUCUUCAACAAGAUAACCAACGUAUCUGCUAUUAUUAAGCCAUUCCCUAAAGGUGAUGAGAGGAAAAAAGCCUGUCUGCAUGCCUUGUCCGAAGUGAAAGUGCAGCCAGGAUGUUAUCUGCCAAGUAAUCCAGAAGCAAUUGUGUUAGAUAUCGAUUACAAGUCUGGAACACCCAUGCAGAGUGCUGCGAAGGCCCCUUAUUUGGCAAAGUUCAAAGUGAAGCGAUGUGGAGUUAGCGAGCUGGAGAAGGAAGGUCUUCGCUGCCGGUCGGACUCUAUCGACGAGAGUGAAGAAGAAGGGGGAGACAAAAAGAUAUGCUGGCAGGCGGCCAUCUUUAAAGUGGGGGAUGACUGUAGGCAGGACAUGCUGGCUCUACAGAUCAUAGAUCUGUUCAAAAAUAUUUUUCAACUUGUCGGGCUUGACCUCUUUGUCUUUCCAUACAGAGUUGUGGCAACAGCUCCUGGAUGUGGGGUCAUUGAGUGCAUUCCAGACUGCACCUCUCGAGAUCAGCUGGGUCGUCAGACCGACUUUGGCAUGUAUGACUACUUUACACGCCAGUAUGGAGAUGAGUCUACUCUUGCUUUCCAGAAGGCUCGAUAUAACUUUAUACGCAGCAUGGCAGCCUACAGCCUGUUGCUUUUCCUGCUGCAGAUUAAAGACCGACACAAUGGCAACAUCAUGCUGGAUAAGAAGGGUCAUAUCAUCCACAUUGAUUUUGGCUUCAUGUUCGAAAGUUCUCCUGGUGGUAAUCUUGGUUGGGAGCCAGACAUCAAGCUGACUGAUGAAAUGGUGAUGAUUAUGGGUGGCAAGAUGGAAGCCACACCAUUCAAAUGGUUCAUGGAGAUGUGUGUGCGGGGUUACCUGGCUGUGAGACCAUACAUGGAUGCGGUGGUGUCCCUGGUCACGCUCAUGCUGGACACUGGAUUGCCUUGCUUCCGUGGGCAGACUAUCAAGCAGCUGAAGCACCGGUUCAGCGCCAACAUGACUGAGAGAGAAGCAGCAAGUUUCAUUGUGAAAAUCAUUCAAAACUGCUUCCUCAGCAACAGGAGCAAAGCUUAUGACAUGAUCCAGUACUAUCAGAAUGACAUCCCAUACUAAGGUUCUUGGAAACCUAUGCACCCUUUUCCAGUCCGGCUUUAGUCCUUCCGUCUGUGUAGCUGCUGUGUUUCGUCUUCCGCUUGAAGAUCCAUGAAGAUGCCUGCAGUAAAGUGAAGAAAGGUGGAGGCAUGUGGACCAUCAGCUACAGAGAUUCAAUUGCAUUUCCUGUAAAGCUGCCCCAAGCUGAAAUUCUGCACACUGAGACUCGGUUUAUUUUAUUGGUGGGUACAGACACUGUAUUGUACAAACCCAUUUGUAUUUAUGAGUUGGAGCCCUGUCCUUUUUGCACUUUAUGUUGUGGUAUAUAUUUUCUUCUUGUUUCCUCUACAUAAAGGCAGGAUGCUAAUUAUUCAGAACUUUAUUCUUGGGGUUCCUGCUUGGACUUUGCACUGCACCCUGAAUACGAUGGACUUGCUUCACACAGUAUAGAUGAAGAAAGUGGCUUCCCUUUAGUGUGUACAAACUCUGUUGAAAAUGUAUUUAAUCUGUGAAAUGUAAUUAAACAAAUCAAUGAUAUUUUCAGAGCGUGAGACUUGUAUGACAAAGAAAAUAAAUAGAAAUCUGUAAUGGGAGAGCUUCAGAGGAUGUUACAUGUCUUGCAUUUCUCUGGUUUUAUCUUACUUGUGAGAUGUUUUUAUCUGUUCAUAAGGAUUAAAUGUAUAUUAUGAUUA